UUAUCAAAUUAUUACAGCAUUAAUAUCUAGUUAUCUAUUACACCUAAGUGUACCUAGUAAAUAUUUCAAAAUAGUAUUGUCAGUUGUAUGUGAUCCAUAUAAUUCAGUUAUAAAGAAGAAAGAAACAGACACUUAAUUUAUAAAAAAGUAUUAACAUGUCCAGUAAAGUUGAUAGAAAAAAUAACAAAGAUGAUGAUGAAGUUUAUGAUGAUGAUCAAAGAAUUGAAAAUGAUCCAGAAGCGAAGUACAGGGUUUACAGCGUUAUUUAUUAUUUCAUUGUGUUAGUAGUAAUAGGAGUACCAGUUUGGUGGUACACAACAAGGGUCUAUCGUGCCCCAUUGCCCAUUAAUGAUAUGAUCAAUGUUGAAAUACCAAGCAAGACUAUACGAGAGAACAGUUUGCCUCUCAGUCUGGAGUAUGAUGUUUUGAUAACAUUGAUUAAUCCUGAACCACAGAAUCUAAAUAUUGAUCUUAAAGCAGAGGAUUUGAAAGCUAAUUUACAACCAUUCUUAACUACAAUUACUCCCAUAGCAAAUUUCACUGUUAAAUCACAGUGGCUAUACCUCACAGAUUUGGGUGUAACUCCCAAGGAUUACAAAGGGGAAUUAGUUUUAUUUGAAGAACAGUUGCCUCAUAUCAUAACACCACUUGAGAAGAAAAUCUGGUCUCAUAUGUCUCCAAGGCCCUGUUUGAAUCUUGUUCUCUAUUUUACAAAAUGCAAUUCUCCUAUUUAUUUGUAUAAUAAUAUGAAUCAGAAAGUGGAUAGUAAUGCAUUUUUGAGCCCUAGAUGGGGAGGAAUUAGUGUAAUCAAUGCAGAUAGCAAAUCAUGCAAAGAAAAGAGGAUAAUGCCAAAUUUGAAAUCUGUGAUAGGAACAUUCUUGAUCCAAUUAAAAGAAUUGUUUGGUCUUAAAGAUAUUGAAGUGUUGAAGAAAACAAAAGCAACUGAAAUGGUUGAAUCCACUAGGAGAACAUUGAAAUCUUUAGCCCAACUUCUAUCUGAAAUUAAUAGUAUUGUCAUUAGUGAUGAAGUAGCUACCAAAAUAGAAAAUGCUUUGAAAUAUGCCAAUGAGGCAGAUGCAUAUUUAAAGGAAAACAAUAUUAAUGAGGCUCUUAAAGCUUCUCAGCUAGCUUUCAAGAACUCAGAAGAAGCUUUUAGUGAUCCAUCAUUGCUAGCCUUACUUUAUUUUCCAGAUGAUCAGAAAUAUGCUGUUUACAUUCCUUUAUUUCUACCAAUAAUGAUUCCAGUGUUCAUGUCUUUAACUAGUGUGAACAAGUAUUACAAAUCGUCAAAAGCAAAAUUGGAUUAAAUUCAUUUGUUUAUUUAAAUUAUUAUCAUCUAUCUAAACUACUAAUAAAUUAAAACUGAACUAA